UCGCUGCGCUGCUCUCGGGUUUAGGACAACGCCGGCUGGCUGACAACGCUUGACCGCUGGCGUCUUGGGACAGUCGGGUUUCUUUUAUUUUGUUUUUGUUUCACCGACGGCACCUCCGCCAUGUUGAGGCGGUUCACGUUGUGACGGACUGCCGGGACCGAGGUGACAAGCCCCAGAGAGAGGACUGGGUACGAGCUGGAGGGGGGGGGGGGUGACGCAGGAAAAACAGGCCAAAAACAGCCCGAGAAACCCCCGCAGGAGAUUCGGAUCUUUCUGGUAAAGCGGUCGGCGAUACGGGCCACGUUUAUGCGAUCACACGACGGCAGAACGGCGCGGCAGACUGGACGGAGCUGCUGAACUGAGAGAGGGGGAAGUCCGAUCGGAUUCCUGGUUAUGCAAUGGUCUCAGCGGCCCAUCCAGAUUUCCAGGUGCUUGUGUCCCUCUAUCUGGUCUUCAGGUUUUCAUCCCUCUGCUCUUUGGCUGAGGCAACAGUGAUUUCUCUCCUGGGCAGCGCUCCCUAAGAGGCCAAGAUUGCCAAGAUCUGCCCUGUGGCGAGCAUGACGGCCACCACGCGUGGCUCUCCGGUGGGGGGCAAUGACAGCCAGGGCCAGGGCCAGGCACCCGAUGGCCAGAGCCAACCCCCACUGCCACAGAACCAGACAUCAUCUCCAAACUCGUCAAAUGAGAACUCUCCAGUGAGUCCGCCGGAUGAACAGGGCCAAGGGGACGGGCCCCCUCAGCUGGAGGAGGAGGAGCCAGCCUUCCCUCACACUGACCUAGCCAAGCUGGAUGACAUGAUUAACAGACCCCGAUGGGUUGUUCCAGUUUUGCCAAAGGGAGAGUUGGAAGUCCUCCUGGAAGCUGCUAUAGAUCUUAGUAAAAAAGGGCUGGACGUCAAGUGUGAAGCAUGCCAGAGGUUCUUCCGAGAUGGUUUGACCAUCUCUUUCACUAAAAUUCUGACAGAUGAGGCAGUCAGUGGCUGGAAGUUUGAGAUUCAUAGGUGUAUCAUCAACAACACACACCGGCUGGUGGAGCUAUGUGUGGCCAAGCUCUCUCAGGACUGGUUCCCUCUACUGGAGCUGCUGGCCAUGGCCACCAACCCCCACUGCAAGUUCCACAUCUACAACGGCACACGGCCCUCUGAGACCGUCCCUGCCGGGGCGCAGCUCGCUGAUGAUGAGCUCUUCGCCCGCCCCCCUGACCCCCGUUCACCCAAGGGCUGGUUGGUGGACCUAAUUAACAAAUUUGGCACAUUAAAUGGGUUUCAAAUGCUGCACGAUCGCUUCAUGAGUGGCCAAGCACUGAACGUCCAGAUCAUCGCUGCACUUAUCAAGCCUUUUGGCCAGUGUUACGAGUUCCUCACAUUGCACACAGUGAAGAAGUACUUCCUUCCAGUCAUCGAGAUGGUUCCCCAGUUUCUAGAGAAUCUCACAGAUGAGGAGCUGAAGAAAGAGGCCAAGAAUGAAGCCAAAAACGACGCACUGUCCAUGAUAAUCAAGUCCCUGAAGAACCUGGCUUCUCGUGUCCCAGGGCAAGAGGAGACAGUGAAAAAUUUAGAGAUUUUUAGGUUAAAAAUGAUUCUUAGGUUAUUGCAAAUUUCCUCUUUUAAUGGCAAAAUGAAUGCACUAAAUGAAGUGAAUAAGGUGAUCUCCAGCGUGUCCUACUACAGUCAUCGUCAUAACCCUGAAGAAGAGGAGUGGUUGACUGCUGAGCGAAUGGCGGAGUGGAUCCAACAGAACCAUAUCCUAUCCAUCGUGCUGAGGGACAGUCUGCACCAGCCACAGUAUGUGGAGAAACUGGAGAAAAUCCUUCGCUUCGUUAUCAAGGAGAAAGCUCUUACCAUGCAAGAUCUAGACAAUAUCUGGGCUGCACAGGCUGGUAAACAUGAGGCUAUUGUGAAGAACGUCCAUGAUCUCUUGGCCAAGCUAGCAUGGGACUUCUCACCUGAACAGCUAGACCACCUCUUUGACUGCUUCAAGGCGAGCUGGACCAAUGCCAGUAAGAAGCAGCGAGAGAAACUGCUGGAGCUGAUACGACGCCUGGCUGAGGACGAUAAGGAUGGGGUGAUGGCCCACAAGGUCCUCAACUUACUGUGGAACCUGGCACACAGUGAUGAUGUGCCUGUAGAUAUUAUGGAUCAAGCGCUCAGUGCUCACAUCAAGAUACUGGACUACAGCUGCUCACAGGAUAGAGACACACAGAAGAUUCAGUGGAUAGAUCGCUUCAUAGAAGAGCUGCGUACCAAUGACAAAUGGGUGAUUCCUGCCCUGAAGCAGAUCAGAGAGAUCUGUAGCCUGUUUGGAGAAGCCCCGCAGAACCUCAGAAAGAAAAUGCCAAUUAACAUACUGAACUUAGUGGGUCAAACUCAGCGGAGUCCUCACGUUUUCUACCGCCAUGAUCUGAUCAACCAGCUGCAGCACAACCAUGCUCUGGUCACCCUAGUGGCUGAGAAUCUCUCUGCCUACAUGGAAACCAUGAGGCAGUUCUCCAAAGCAGAACAGGCAGAGUUCGACCCUCAGACAGUGAGGCCAGGCAGUCGCUACAGCCAUGUGCAGGAAGUACAGGAACGGCUCAACUUCCUGAGGUUCCUCCUGAAAGAUGGCCAGCUGUGGUUGUGUGCCCCGCAGGCCAAGCAGAUCUGGAAGUGUCUGGCAGAGAACGCGGUGUUUCUUUGUGACCGGGAAGCCUGCUUCAAAUGGUAUUCCAAGCUGAUGGGUGAUGAGCCAGACCUUGACCCGGAUAUUAACAAGGACUUCUUUGAGAACAAUGUUCUGCAGCUGGACCCGUCACUGUUAACCGAGAAUGGCAUGAAGUGCUUUGAGAGGUUCUUUAAGGCUGUCAACUGCAGGGAAGGCAAGCUGGUAGCCAAGCGCAGGGCCUACAUGAUGGACGACUUGGAGUUGAUAGGCCUGGACUACCUCUGGAGGGUGGUAAUUCAAGGAAGUGAUGACAUUGCCGGCCGAGCCAUAGACCUGCUAAAAGAGAUCUACACCAACCUUGGACCAAAACUACAAGUCAACCAGGUGGAGAUCCACGAGGAUUUCAUCCAGUCCUGUUUUGACCGUCUUAAGGCAUCCUACGACACCCUGUGUGUGUUGGAUGGAGACAAGGAUAGCAUCAACUGUGCCCGUCAGGAGGCUAUUCGCAUGGUCCGGGUGCUAACUGUGCUCAAGGAGUAUAUAAAUGAGUGUGACAGCGACUACCAUGAGGAGAGGACGAUAUUGCCUAUGUCCAGGGCUUUCCGGGGCAAACACAUCACGCUGAUUGUUCGUUUCCCCAACCAAGGGCGCCAGGUGGACGACCUGGAUAUCUGGUCUCACACCAACGACACCAUUGGCUCAGUGCGGCGUGGCAUCCUCAAUAGGAUCAAGGCCAACGCCACACACACCAAGAUAGAGCUCUUCAUCGGCGGGGAGGUUGUUGAUCCGGCUGAUGACAGGAAGUUGAUUGGACAACUGAAUUUGAAGGAUAAAACGCUAAUCACAGCCAAGCUGACCCAAGUGAGUGCCAACAUGCCCUCCAGCCCAGACAGCUCUUCUGACUCAUCUACUGGCUCGCCUGGUAACCAUGGCAACCACUACAGCGAUGGGCCGAACCCUGAGGUGGAGAGCUGCCUGCCGGGAGUGAUCAUGUCGCUGCACCUGCGCUACAUCUCCUUCCUAUGGCAGGUGGCUGACUUGGGUUGUAAUCUCAACAUGCCUUUGCUCAGAGACGGAGCCCGGGUACUCAUGAAGCUCAUGCCACCAGAUAACACCACAGUGGAGAAUCUGCGUGCUGUGUGUCUGGACCAUGCCAAGCUGGGGGAGAACAGCCUGAGCCCUACACUGGACUCACGCUUCUUUGGACCCUCACCUUCACAAGUGCUUUACGUUAUUGAGGUUGUUUAUGCCCUGCUGAUGCCAGCCAGCGCCACACUGGGGGAAGACGCUAGUGAUUUUCAGUACAACUUCCUCAAAAGUGGUGGGCUGCCCCUGGUGUUGAGCAUGCUUACCAGGAACAAUUUCCUGCCGUCGGCAGACAUGGAGACGCGGCGUGGGGCCUACCUCAAUGCACUAAAGAUAGCCAAGCUGCUGCUUACUGCUGUAGGCUUCGGGCAUGUCAAAGCUGUGGCAGAGGCCUGCCAGCCUAAUGCUGAGGGGAACAUCCCUGUCUCACCGAUUAAUCAAGCCACUCAUGACCAGGCCCUGGUCCUCCAGAGCGCCUUGCAGAACAUCCCCAACCCAGCCUCGGAGUGCAUGCUGCGCAACGUAGCCAUCCGCCUUGCUCAGCAGAUUUCUGAUGAGAACUUCUUCCAAGCAUCUAAGUACAUCCCGGACAUUUGUGUGAUCCGGGCAAUACAGAAGAUUGUGUGGGCAUCAGGCUGUGGUACAGUGCAGUUGGUUUUCAGCUCUAAUGAAGAAAUAAGCAAGAUCUAUGAGAAGACAAAUGCAGCUAAGGAGCCUGAUGGCGACGAUGAGCAGGUGUGCUGUGAGGCCCUUGAGGUAAUGACUCUGUGUUUUGCCCUCAUGCCCACUGCUCUGGACACGCUCAGUAAGGAGAAGGCCUGGCAGACUUUCAUCAUAGACCUGCUGCUGCACUGCCACAGCAAGUCUGUGCGUCAGAUGGCCCAGGAGCAAUUCUUUCUCAUGGCUACCAGGUGCUGCAUGGGCCACCGACCUCUCCUUUUCUUCAUCACCCUCCUCUUCACUGUGCUCGGGAGCACUGCCAAGGAGCGAGCCAAGCACGCAGGAGACUACUUCACUUUGCUCAGACACCUGCUCAACUAUGCCUACAACAGCAACAUCAACCUGCCUAACGCAGAGGUGCUGCUCAACAACGAGAUUGACUGGCUCAAAAGGAUCAGAGAUGAAGUGAAGAGGAGUGGAGAGACAGGGGUGGAGGAGACGAUUCUGGAGGGUCACAUCGGUGUGACCAAGGAGCUGCUGGCAUUCCAGACCCCAGAGAAGAAGUACUAUAUCGGUUGUGAGAAGGGCGGCGCGAACCUCAUCGAGGAGCUGAUUGAUGACUUCAUCUUCCCAGCGUCUAAUGUCUACCUGCAGUACAUGAAGAGUGGAGAGUUCCCCACAGAGCAGGCCAUUCCUGUGUGCAGCAGUCCUGCCUCCAUAAACGCUGGGUUUGAGCUGCUGGUGGCUCUGGCUGUAGGCUGUGUUCGCAACCUCAAGCAGAUAGUCAACACUCUGACGGACAUGUACUACCUAGGCUGUGAGACUCUUACAGAGUGGGAGUACCUGCCUCCGGUGGGGCCACGCCCCAACAAGGGCUUUGUGGGUCUGAAGAACGCGGGAGCCACUUGCUAUAUGAACUCUGUCAUUCAGCAACUAUACAUGAUCCCUCCGAUCCGGAACGGCAUCCUAGCCAUCGAAGGCACCGGCACGGAUGUGGAUGAUGACAUGUCAGGCGACGAAAAGCAGGACAAUGAGACUAACGUCGACCCCCGUGAUGAGGUGUUCAGUUACCACCAUCAGUUUGAUGACAAGCCCUCCAGUAAGUCAGAAGAUAGAAAGGAAUACAACAUUGGUGUGCUGCGCCACCUACAGGUCAUCUUUGGUCACCUAGCUGCCUCCAGACUGCAGUAUUAUGUUCCAAGAGGAUUCUGGAAGCAGUUCAGGUUAUGGGGGGAGCCGGUGAAUUUGCGCGAGCAGCACGAUGCCCUGGAGUUUUUCAACUCUCUGGUGGACAGUCUGGAUGAAGCUCUCAAAGCCCUGGGCCACCCAGCCAUGCUCAGUAAGGUUCUGGGAGGCUCAUUUGCAGACCAGAAGAUCUGCCAGGGCUGCCCCCACAGGUAUGAAUGCGAGGAGUCAUUUACUACAUUGAAUGUAGACAUCAGGAACCACCAGAACCUACUGGAUUCCAUGGAGCAGUAUGUUAAAGGAGACCUCCUGGAAGGAGCCAACGCCUACCACUGUGAAAAGUGCAACAAGAAGGUGGACACAGUGAAGCGCCUGCUGAUUAAGAAGUUGCCUCCUGUCCUGGCGAUCCAGUUGAAACGCUUUGACUAUGACUGGGAGAGGGAGUGUGCCAUCAAGUUCAACGACUACUUUGAGUUCCCCAGGGAGCUGGACAUGGAGCCUUACACUGUGGCCGGGGUAGCCAAGCUGGAGGGCGAUGACGUCAACUCAGAGAACCAGGUGAUCCAGCAGAACGAGCCCACGCCUGCUGGCAGCUCAAAGUACCGCCUGGUGGGAGUACUGGUCCAUUCGGGCCAGGCCAGCGGGGGACACUACUACUCCUACAUCAUUCAGAGGAAUGGCGGUGACGGAGAGAGGAACCGCUGGUACAAGUUUGAUGACGGUGAUGUGACAGAGUGCAAAAUGGAUGAUGAGGAGGAGAUGAAGAACCAGUGCUUUGGGGGGGAGUAUAUGGGUGAGGUGUUUGACCAUAUGAUGAAGAGGAUGUCCUAUCGCAGGCAGAAGCGCUGGUGGAACGCAUACAUCCUGUUCUACGAACGUAUGGACUCGCUGGACAAGGACAGCGAGCUGGUCAAAUACAUCUCGGAGCUAACCCUCUCCUCCACGAAGCCGCACCAGGUCAAGAUGCCUGGCGUGAUCGAGUGCAGUGUCCGCAAACAGAACGUUCAAUUCAUGCACAACCGAAUGCAAUACAGCUUGGAAUAUUUCCAGUUCAUUAAGAAACUCCUGACCUGUAACAGUGUCUAUUUAAACCCUCCUCCAGGACAAGACCACCUACUGCCAGAGGCAGAGGAGAUCGCUAUGAUAAGUGUUCAGCUUGCAGCCAGGUUCCUGUUCAGCACAGGCUUCCACACAAAGAAAGUCGUCCGGGGUCCCGCCAGCGAUUGGUAUGAUGCCCUCUGCGUCCUGCUGAGACAUAGUAAGAAUGUACGCUAUUGGUUUGCACACAACGUCCUGUUUGCCUACGCCAACCGCUUCUCUGAGUACCUACUGGAGUGCCCAAGUGCCGAGGUCCGGGGAGCGUUUGCCAAGCUCAUUGUCUUCAUUGCACACUUCUCUUUGCAAGACGGCCCCUGUCCCUCUCCCACCUCCUCCCCCGGACCCUCUGCUCAGGGCUGUGAUAACCUGAGUCUGAGUGACCACCUGCUGAGAGCUGUACUCAACUUGCUCAGGAGAGAGGUUUCUGAACAUGGCCGUCACCUGCAGCAGUACUUCAACCUCUUUGUCAUGUACGCCAAUUUGGGCCUGGCAGAAAAGACUCAGCUCCUAAAACUGAGUGUCCCUGCCACCUUUAUGUUGGUGGCUCUGGAUGAGGGCCCUGGGCCUCCCAUUAAGUACCAGUAUGCUGAGCUGGGCAAGCUGUACACAGUGGUCUCUCAGCUGGUGCGCUGCUGCGAUGUCUCCUCACGCAUGCAAUCGUCCAUCAAUGGUAACCCUCCUCUUCCCAACCCCAAUGGUGACACCAACCUGACGGCCCCAGUGAUGCCUGUGCAGCAGCUAGUGGCAGACAUCCUGUUUGUUAGGACCAGCUAUGUGAAGAAGAUCAUUGAGGACUGCAGCAACUCUGAGGAGACAGUCAAGCUGCUGCGUUUCAGCUGCUGGGAGAACCCCCAGUUCUCCUCCACCGUGCUCAGUGAGCUGCUCUGGCAGGUGGCAUAUUCCUACACAUAUGAGCUAAGGCCUUACCUGGACUUGCUGCUACAGAUCUUACUGAUUGAAGACUCCUGGCAGACACACAGGAUCCACAAUGUGCUGAAAGGCAUCCCUGAUGACAGAGAUGGGCUGUUCGACACCAUCCAGCGCUCCAAGAACCACUACCAGAAACGAGCCUACCAGUGCAUCAAGUGCAUGGUGGCCCUUUUCAGCAACUGCUCUGUAGCCUACCAGAUCCUCCAGAGUAAUGGUGAUCUGAAGCGCAAGUGGACGUGGGCAGUGGAGUGGCUGGGGGAUGAGCUGGAGAGGAGGCCCUACACUGGGAACCCCCAGUACACCUACAACAACUGGUCCCCUCCCGUCCAGAGCAACGAAACAUCUAACGGCUACUUCCUAGAGCGCUCCCACAGUGCACGCAUGACACUAGCAAAGGCCUGCGAACUCUGUCCUGAGGAGUGUCACUUAAUGAAGCAGGAGGUGGUGUCUGAAGAAGACGCCACGCUGCUGAAAUCCUCCUCGCCACAACAGCUUUUACCAGGGGACAGGACAGGACAGCAGCAGCACACUGAGCCUGAUGACCAAGAAGCCCCCGAUGAUCAGGACUCCUCCCCGCCAGAGGACACCUCCCUCUACCCCCACUCUCCUGGAACCAUUCAGUUUCAGCAGAACAACCACCCGCAUGGGCAGCCGUAUACAGGGCCCGCUGCUCAGCACAUGAACAACCCCCCACGCCCCGGGCCUGCCCCAGCUCCAGGCCCUGCCCAGACCCCUACCCCCGGCACAGGCACUGGAGCCGGGCCCAACCCUGGCCAAGGCCCUCGAGCACAAGAGAACUGGGAGAAUACGGAGGAGGUCACCCCUGCCCCCACCUCCACCCCAGCACCUGCCCCACCCAAGGAGUAACAGCCUUGCCCCCCACCUCCUUUGCUGUGCCUCGAGUCUUCAUUGUCCUGCUCUCCCUCCUCAUCCUCCAGUCGACAGAGCUCCCUGUUGGGACUCUCUCUCACUUUCUCUCACGUUUUCUCUCUUUCUUUCUCUCUCUCUCUCUCUGUCCCCCCCGAGCACGGCAGGGCAGAGCCAGGCCUUCCAGUUCCUCUACAGGUCACUUCGGAGAGUCUCCCCCAUUAGCCUGGAGGAGGCACUCUCAUGUGGCCUGGGGCUGCCUGCCCUCCGACGAGCUCCUAUCGGCGGCUGCAGAGUUCAGAGGUCAGGGAGUGGAUAGAGUUGUAAUUAAGGAAAAAAAAAAUUACCGAGACCUGACAAUGCUGACGUGCUUGUCCACACGACAGAAAGGUGUACAUAGUAUGUUCAUGUUCCUGACUGUUCAAAUUCCCCACUAGCAUAACUCUGUUUGGUUUGCUGUUUGGGAGAUCUUGCAGUUCUGAUGAAAAACAAAAUGGAUACUAUAAAUUAAAAAAAAGUGUAAAAAGACAAAAUCUUCUCUCUUUUCUGCCCCGUUCUCAGCAGUGAGGUUUGGUCUGCCAUCCGAUGUUUCCUGGUCCUUCAGCUGUGGGAGGGCACAUUGUGAUUAUCAUAAUUACAUUAUUCUCGUUACGAAGCUCCUUGGCGACCUUAUGACCCACGCCAAACCGACUCACGAGCUGUGGUUGGGUUUUAGUGUGAGACAUGGAAUAGAAUGGUUGGGUGACAUUUGACGGUGUUGGGUUGAUGUGGAAAAAGCGGUAAAACUCAUUGCCUUUUUCUCUUUUCUUUCUCUCUCCUUCUCUCUCCCUCUCUCUCUCUGUUUUGGUUAUUUUUCUGGGAAGUAAUUCAGUCCCUUUGAAGCUCUAGUUAAUAUGCUGUAACAUUUAGCAUGGCUUCUCACCACAACUAGUGUACCCUGAGGGAAGACUUGUGAUCAUAACCUCCAGCUCCAGAGGGGAUUCGACCCCAAGGUGGUUUGCUUUUUUUUAACUCAUCUCCCCCUUUGUACAUUGAGGGUGAUAUUUCGAACCGAUGUAUAAAUAAAGUGGCUUUUCAAUUGCACAUUGCUAUAAUCCUCCAACUUCACAUUCAGCUGUCAGUUUCGGUGGGAUAGACAGCUUAGCUUUUCCUCGAUAGGAACUCUUCAAAACACAACAACAACAAAAGAAAUCGCAUAUGCAACAGAAGCGCCACACCGGGAGAGCUGGUGUCAAGCGGACUUUGUGGUUCUCUUCUGUCUCUGAUCGGACCUGGUCUCAGACACGCCUGCUCCGCACCGGCCUCCGUGGCGCCGUGGAGGCGGCCGGGCUUGGGCGGCUCCCGCCAGGGGGGAAAGGUGGCGGCAGCGUUGGGCCGGAAGAAGAGCGGCUGGUUGGUCAUGUUGCAACAUGAGUUCAAGUGUAAUUCAGUAGGAGUAAAAAGGUAAAACAUCAGUAAAUACUGUAUUUAAUUGGUAACUUGAAUGCGUGUAUUUUGGAUUUUUUUUUUUCCUUUCUUUUUGUCAAAAACAUACCAAAUACUCCUGCAAAUGAAAAUAUUCUGCCCACCGUAUUUAAAUAUUUUGCUCUUAUUUUAUAGAAUUUAUUUUGUUGUAUUUCACUAAAAUAGAAUUUGUUUUAAGAGGAA